UAAGUUUCUAAUAUUUGUCAAUAUCUGAGUCAAGAUAAAUUGCUCCCUUUGCUAUCUAUGUAAGAGUAAAACCAUCAUCUUUUGCUAGUGAAUUCCAUCCAUUGCAGAGUCAAACCAUAAUCUCAUCCAAAAUGGCAGAAAGCCUAUCCUCAAUCCUAUCCUCUGCAGUGCAGAAUAUAGGUAAAUUGGUUAUUGAAGAAGGAAAGUUUCUACAAGGCGUUGGCGAGCAAGUCAGACUCCUUAAUGAUGAUCUCAAAUGGAUACAAAUGUUCUUAAGAUAUGCAGAUACGAAACAGACUGCAAGGGACACUAUACAACAGUGCCUUCCGGAAUUUAGAGCGGUCGCUUAUGAAGCAAGUGAUUUGGUUGAAGACUAUGCUUUGAGGGUUUCAAUGUCAAGCAGCAGAGGCUUUACACUUACUCUAAAGAGGACUGCUUGCAUCGCCAGAGAAGGUUAUACCAUUCAUGAUUUGUGUUUAAAGAUUCAAAGUCUCAGAACUAGGAUCUCUAAUCUCGCCAAAAAUUUUGGCUGGUAUGCAAAUUUAAUGACCAGAACGGAGGAAGGAGACUCGAGUGCUCCAUCCAGGCAGCAACAAUUAAGGCACACUUACUCCUUCGUGGCUGAGGAGGAUGUGGUUGAACUGCCUAAUGAUAUUCAGGUGCUAGUUAAAUAUUUGCUGAAUCAGGGUGAAACAGAGAACAAAAUAAGUGUGGCUUCGAUUUUGGGCAUGGGAGGCAUAGGCAAAACCACUCUUGCUAGAAAGGUAUAUCACCAUGAAAGAUUGAAGCAUUAUUUUAAAGGUUUUGCUUGGGUUUGUGUGUCACAACAAUGGCAACCAAACGAUCUCUUGCAAGGCAUUCUACUCAAGCUUACUCCUGAAAACAGAAAACAGAUAAUGAAGAGCAAACAAGAUGAGCUAGCAAGGCUGCUUCAACAGCACUUGCGAGCUAGGAGAUGUUUGAUUGUCCUCGAUGACAUUUGGUCAACAGAAGCAUGGGAUUGCCUAAAAGACGCAAUCCCAGUUUCGGAGCAUGGAUCCAAAAUUUUGCUCACAACUCGUAAUGAAUACGUGGCAGCAUAUGUUGCUUCAAAUGGUUAUCAACAUAAACUGCGUUGUUUGACCGAUGAAGAAAGUUGGGAGUUGCUGCGCAUGAAAUCGGAGUUUCUAGCACUGAGGGAGAGAAGUGGUAAAGGUUAUGAAGAUUUGGACAAGAUGGAAGAGUCAGGGAAGAAAAUAUUGAAAUACUGUGGAGGUCUUCCAUUGGCCGUGGUGGUUCUAGGUGGAAUCCUUAGAACUAAAAAAACCCUCAGGGAAUGGAAUGAAGUGCAUGAGAAUAUCAAAUCCUAUCUGGAUAGGGGAGAAAAAAUUGGAAAAGAAGGAGAGGUGCCCAAGGUUUUGGCUUACAGUUACUAUGACCUCCCUUGGCAACUAAAACCAUGCUUUCUUUACUUGGGUAAAUUCAAGGAAGAUUCUGACAUUGGAGUAGCAAGUUUAUAUCAGAUGUGGAUAGGAGAAGGUAUGAUAUUUGAGAAUGAUAGAAGGGAGCAAGAAACAAUGAUGGAUGUCGCAGAGCGUUACUUGGAAGAAUUAGCAAAAAGAUGCAUGGUUGAGAUUAAAGUACAUGAGGAUGGGAAGCAUGCGGUAACAAGGUUGGAGUCGUGUCGGCUUCAUGAUCUUAUGAGAGAUCUAUGUUUAGCCAAGGCAAAAGAGGAGAAUUUGUAUAAGCUGGUCGAUCAAAGUACUUCACGAGAUUCUCCUCCCGCAUUUGAAGCACAGUAUGGUUUAGUCCUUCAUUUGCUUCCAGAGGAUAUUUCUAAAUACAACUUUCUGCCAAAAGAUCAAACUAAGCAUCUUCGCUCAUUCUUGUGUGAUCCGUUGGUAAGCCAAUGGGAACGUUUUUCAAGGGUGAGAAUAAUGUCCCAAGUCAAGAAUUUGAAGAUGCUUAGAGUUUUGGCAAUUUUGUCCUCCAAUAUGGCCUCCCAAAGGUGUUAUUUCAAGUCACCUCUGCGAUAUAUCGGUAAUCUUAUCCAUUUGCGAUGUUUGAGAUUGAGGCAGUGUCAUCAUAUAAACUUGCCACAUUCCUUGGGCAAUUUAAAGUACUUGGAAACUCUCGAUUUAUCUGAUAGUUUUCAUUGUAGAAUACCAAACAUCCUACGGAAGUUGGAACGUUUGAGAUAUCUUUAUCUUCCGAGGUCGUGGGGCUGUCAGCCCAAGCUGCGGUUGAGCAAGCAGCUGGAGAUACUUGAAUCAUUCGAUAGCAUAAUUUGCUAUCCUAAAGAUGUAUGCAAAUUGUCGAAUCUCAGAGCUUUCACAGCAAUAGUGUAUAGCAAUUUGAAGGACUGGGCACGCAUCAUCAAUCAUAUAUCAAACAUGGACUGCAUACGCACUAGUUCACUUAUGAUCAAUGGUUGUAAUUUUGGACGAAUCAACUCCAACAAUUCGAAUGACAACAGCAGGGGUUUGGAUGUUCUUUCAAGGGUGUUGUUUAGUAGGAAUAUUCAUGAAAUAGUGAUCUACGGUAGUUUAUGCAAGAAGUUACCGGAUUACCAAUCCCAUAUGUUUCCUGAUCCUGCAGGACUUACUCGAUUAAGGCUGUUUGGUACUAAAAUUGAGGAAGACCCAAUGGGAACACUCGAGAAGCUUCCUGGCCUAAGAAUACUGAUGCUUGGGAGAAAUUCUUUUCUGGGCCAAGAAAUGAUUUGCCGCUCAACGGGAUUUCCCCAACUAAAACAUCUCGAGCUUAAUGGUUUGGGUAACUUGAAGCUGUGGAAACUGGAUGAUGGGGCCAUGCCUAAGCUUUUAACUUUAGGGAUUGACGAGUGUGAACAAUUGGAAAUGAUUCCAGAUGGGCUGAGAUGUUUAACCAUUCUAAAAGAUGUAUCUCUUGCGAGAAUGCCUGAAAAAUUUAACAAUAGAAUUAGGAUGGAGAAUGGUCAGCAAGGAGUUGAUUAUGAUAAAAUAAGCAAUGUACCUUCAGUUAAGAUCCGCAGAUGGGUUGGCGGAAUAAUAGGUUAUCGAGUAGAAAUUGUUUGUCCAAGCAAUCCUGUUUAACGAAGCCCUGGGUCUUGUCUUAAGAAAAUUCUACACUGAUUCAAAUGUGAGGUAAUUAAACUUACUGAAUCUCUUUUCUUUUUUCCUGCAAUUUUUAAUUUAUAUGGAAAUUUUAAUGCAUAGAGGGAUAUUAUUUGAAAAACUUGGAGUAAUUGAUUUGUAACAUGGAUGCUUACAGUGUUUUCACAUUUUUUUUUCUAAAUUUAAUGUGAUUUGAAUUGGGAUUAUAGAAUUCUGGUUUCAAAAUUCAAUCUGCGAUGUCUUUUGAUUCACAAAUAUGUGAUUUCCGUCCACUCUUCUGAAAUUAAAGUUCGUUCAUUUUUGUGAUUUUUUUUGGUGUAAAAGCUGGCACUAUGUUAGUCCAUACAAUUAAAAUUUGUAUCAAAAUUUUCUCUGCUAAUUGUCCCAAAAAAGGUACAAAGGCAGAGUAUUGUAUUCUUAAUAAAGCUUAUUAUACAUACAAAUUAAUCUUAUGAUGAAUGACUGAGUUUGUUUCCUAUAUUGUUAAAGCUAUUUUGCAAUUUUGUCUCAUGGUUAGACACCAAAGAAAACUAGUUAAAACUCUGGAACAUUUGUUAAACUAUUAAGGUUUGUUGCAGGAAAUUCUGAGCCUCAGGUUUCUCUAGAAAACAAUACUUGCCUCUAUUACCAAUUUUCUGUAUUGAAAACUCUUGCCUAAAGUCUUCCACCAUCUUUCAUUUGCAUGUUGCAGCUUCUGCGUCAUAAGUUUCUUUGCACAUAGCAUUUGUAAGUUGGUUAUGGGCUAGCAUUUGUAUGUAUUGCGAGCAUCUUUACUUAGCUAUUAGGGAAAGAUACCAAUCUGUUAUCUGAUCCUUCACUUUUAGUGUUUGAUCAACAAGGAGAUAAUGUGUGAUUAUUUUUAGCUUUUGGUUUGGUUAGUCUCACUUUGUUUAGCUGCUCAAACUUUUCUUGUGCUCAAAGCUGUUGGCAUAGAGCUAGAUUCAGUGCAAGAUUCACCAAUGUAGUUGGAGGAGGCCAUCUAUGUUCUUGUGUUCUUAAGAAGAGAGGGUUAAAUUAAUAAGGAAACUUUCCCAAUUCCUUUAACUUUUUUAUUAACCUUAAUUAAAAAUAAGAUGACCAUCCAAAUAAGUACAAUACCAAACUAAGAAACAUCCUUGGGUUGGCCAAACGGAAGACUAAUUGUGUUCGAAAAUUGAAUUUCCAUGAUUUAGACACCGCCUCAUUGUUCUCUAGUACUUUUAUCUUACGUAUAUUAAAUUAUUACAAUACAAUUUUCUACAAAAACUUCAAAAAAUAAUAAUCCAAAUGAGAUUUUUAACUUCUAAUUUUGCAGUUUCACAGUUGACCGGAGCCCUAUCUUUUAUGUGAAGUAGUAUGCAAAUAUUAAUUUAGGUGAAAAAUACACGUUGAAGUAGAUAAUUAGGUGAUAGAAUUUAGUGUCAAAUUAUUUGGGCAUAAUCAACUAGCUAAAAUUCCCUGUACAAAAAUAUGGGAGCUCAAUUGACUAAACCAAUUUGUGAAUUUAAAUUAGAUCAGAUGAAAUUCCAGAUAAACUUUACUAGAAAGAGAAUGACCAAAGAAAAGAGGAGGGGGGAUGGGUUUUAGUAAUUGAUUACUGAAGUGACUUUGAGGCUGAUGUGCUUGGGAAGAUCUGUCCGGCCAAAGUCGGGUUCGAAUUAUGUAGCCAAUCCAAGACCCAAUUUAGGGGAACAAGCCAUAAAGACAAUUACUAAAAGAUUUUCAGAACUUUUACUAUAUUUACAUCCAUCUUCAAGUGAUUGUUGUUUUGAGUUUUCAUAUUAUUAGUAUUGUUUUUUGGAGUUGGAAAUUUGAAAGGACCAACUAGGUAAGGCCUAGCAAUAAACUCAAAUGAUCUUUUCUUUUCUCCCUUCCCUGUUUUUAGAAAAAAAGCUCUGUUUAGAUUGAGGAUUUUUUAAAAAACAAGUUUUUCAACUACAAUACUACAGUAAUACACAAAUAAAAAUAACCUCAAAAACAUUAAAAACAACUUCAAAAAUUCCAAAAAUACAAAAAAAAAACCUCAAAAACAUAAAAAAAAACAACUUCAAAAGCAUCAAAAACAUAAAAAACAAUCUUAAAAAACACCAAAAAUACAAAAAAUAACCUCAUCUACGGUAAAAGUUUUUCAACUAUAUUGUUACAAUAAAAUAUUUCAAAAACAACUAAUCCAAACAGAGUAAUGUUUCUAAAAAAAAAUUCUAUGGUAGACUUAAGGUAGAAGAGCUGCCGCUCUAGCUAAAAAUUUCCAAGAAAUUCUAUUGGGACUAAAUGCAGCCAAAGAGCAACUUAAAUUCUUAAUACUUUGAGCUAAAAGACAAUCUGGUUUUGGAUUAAUUACUAGCUAAUUAACUAGGUAAUACAUUCUGUUAUCAUGACCAAAAAAAAAAAAA